CCACCAUGUCUUCCCUUCGUCGCCGCUUAGGCUUCGGCGGCGACUCCUCCACCGAGCCCUCCAGAGAAUCUACACCAGAUCCGAGCAACCCGGGGCUUCUGCGCGUCAUAUCGGCGGAGAAGCUACACAAUUUGAAGAAAGGACGGAAUACUAAGAGACGGAAUGCAUGGGUGUUUGGGCUGGGAGGCCUCUUCGGUAUUGCCGUCGCGGCCUUCUUUGCUGGGAGUAACGACAUGAUCGAUCUGUCUUCCCUGGCCGAUUUGAACAUGGACUCCAUACUCGAGUCUUUGCCCGCCGGGUUGGUUAGGGAUGCGCAGGAAAUGCAGAAACAUGAGAAGGCCGCGGUUAAUUACGAUUCCUUCGCCGUCGGUUUACAUGCGCGCAGCGAAGGUAUUCAGGCAAAACACCCCGUCAUUAUGAUACCUGGGGUUAUAUCCACCGGGUUAGAGAGCUGGGGCACAGAAGAGUCGUCGCGACAAUACUUUCGAAAAAGACUGUGGGGGUCCUGGACCAUGAUGCGGUCGCUGGUGCUAGAUAAAGCUGGCUGGAAAAGACAUAUCAUGCUGGAUAAGAUAACUGGACUGGAUCCUCCUGGCAUAAAACUUCGCGCUGCUCAGGGUUUCGACGCGACAGACUUCUUCAUCACCGGAUACUGGAUAUGGAACAAGAUCUUGGAGAAUCUGGCGUCCAUUGGAUACGAUCCGACAAAUGCUUUCACCGCUGCUUACGAUUGGCGUCUAUCCUACGCCAACUACGAGGUUCGGGACCAGUAUUAUACCCGUUUAAAGGCACACAUUGAAACCGCGGUCAAAGUGUCGGACAAAAAGGUGGUGCUCCUCUCGCACUCCAUGGGCUCCCAGGUUCUUUACUAUUUCUUCCACUGGGUUGAAACGAAAGGCUACGGGAACGGUGGAACAUCGUGGGUGGACGACCAUGUAGACUCAUGGAUCAACAUCAGUGGAUGUAUGCUUGGAGCCAUGAAAGGCAUCCCCGCAGUCCUAUCCGGAGAGAUGAAAGACACAGCCCAACUCAACGCUUUCGCCGUAUACGGACUCGAGAAGUUCCUCUCGCGUCACGAACGUGCUGAAAUAUUCAGAUCGAUGCCAGGAAUCUCGAGCAUGCUGCCCAUGGGCGGGAACGAAGUCUGGGGAGAUGAAAACGGAGCCCCCGACGAUCGGCCAGGGCAGAACAUCACCUACGGAAACUUCAUCCGCUUCAGAUCCAACAACUCAACCAACACGAAGAAAAACAUCACAGUCACGGGAUCGAUACCCUACCUCUUCAACCAUACCGAGGACUGGUACCAAGACAUGGUGCUGCACAGCUACUCCCUCGGCGUCGCACAUACUAAGCGCGAAGUGGAACACAACCAAAUGAUACCCGCCAAAUGGGUGAACCCACUCGAGACCCGUCUACCUCUCGCUCCACACUUGAAGAUCUAUUGUUUCUACGGUGUGGGCAAGGACACGGAGCGCGCGUAUUAUUACAAAGACGAUUUGGACCCGCUGACCCAGACGAACGUGACUAUUGACACUUCCUACACGAAUGGCGCCACUGACCAUGGCGUUGUCAUGGGUGAAGGAGAUGGGACCGUGAACUUGCUCAGCACAGGUUACAUGUGCAACAAAGGCUGGAAGAUGAAGCGGUACAACCCAGCAGGUGUACAGAUCAUAACUCAUGAGAUGCCGGAUGAGCCGGACAGGUUUUCGCCGAGGGGUGGGCCGAAUACUGGUGGGUGGAGUUAAUUCUUCUGAACAUCUUGCUUCCAUUUGAUCAUCAAGGGCUAACCUUUACAACCAGGCGAUCACGUUGACAUCCUCGGCCGCUCCUCUCUCAA